AUGGAAAGAGUUCUGGCGCAACAUGCUCAAGAGCAUCCAGACGCUAUGGCCGUGCUGGACGGGCCUCAAGCCCUCACGUAUGGGCAACUGCUAGCCCGUGCCACAUGUCUGGCGGACAGGCUUCAGCUGAAAGACAAGGUUGAGGCGGAAGAGCCCGUCGGUAUUCUCCUCAGCCCUGGCCUGAGUCAAGUGGUGGCCCAAGUGGCCGUCCGUCUCGUCGGUGCAACAUGCGUCCCUCUCGAUCCGAAACAGCCCCAAAAGCGGAUCUGUGAAUUGCUACGUGAUGUUGCCGUCAGACGAGUGAUCGUUGAGGAUCUGUGCACCGAGCGGUAUGAAGGCUUCGACCUUCACCCGAUGGAACACCUCGAACCCGCGCUAUUCCGCCACGAUAAUCACUUGGUUACUCAGAAAGACUGUCCCCAGAAAGAGGAUGGACGGAGUCACAUCCUUUUCACAUCGGGGUCCACGGGAAAGCCGAAGCCCGUCCAGAUCCAGACAAGCAGCAUCCUCCAUUUGGCAAUGGAGAACAACAUGACUCCGCUGUCCUAUACCGAUCGCGUGACCGCAUUCAACAAUCCUGGGUUUGAUCUGAGUCUGUUUGAAACGUGGGCCACGCUGAUAGCUCGGGCGACUAUCGUGGUCCUGCCCAAGGGAGUCGCAACCGACGCAAGCCGUCUUCUUGCCUUCUUGACUGAGACUCGAGCGAGCGUGAUGAUCAUCCCAACGGCCCUCUUCAAUGUUAUUGCGUCGACAGCCCCCAAUGCAUUUCGUGCUUUGCGCCAUGUGAUAACAGCUGGCGAGGCGGCGAAUCCACGAGCGCUGCGAUCUGUUCUGGAGAAGGAACCUCCAGAAAACCUGUGGAAUGGAUACGGUCCUACUGAGGGGACUACCCUGACAACCUUGUACAGGGUAACCUUGCCGGAUUGCCUGGAAGACCGCAUCAGCAUUGGCCAGCCUAUAGGAAAAGCCAUUGUUUAUUUGCUAGACGAUAACCUGGAGCCUAUCGAGGAAAGCGGCAUCCAUGGCGAAAUAUGCAUUGGCGGACCGGGAAAGUCAGCUGGUUAUCUCCACAGAAAACGUGAGAAUGAGGAAAGAUUUGUCCAAAUACUUAAUCCACACCGGUACACAAAAGGCACAGGCAUAACUGACAGCACGACUGACGCUGGUAGUUCAAUUGUCGAACUGUAUCGUACUGGUGACAUUGGCCAGUGGCGACGGGAUAAACCAGGAUUCUUGGACUACAUCGGCCGUCGCGAUACACAGGUCAAGCAUCAAGGAUUUCUCGUCGAACUCGAGGAAAUUUCGCGGAUUAUGGAGUCAAGCCCACUCGUGGAAUCGUGUGUGGUCAUACAACGACCACCCUUGUCGGUUCUCCACUCGUCUAUCUUGAUCGCGUAUAUCAUCCCCAGUGGCGGGAAUAAGCAGAGUCAAGACGCCAUCCUUCGAUUUGCACAGGCCACCCUGCCAUCCUACAUGAUCCCGGAGCGAUUCGAACUAGUCACAACCUUUCCCUUGACGGCCAAUGGAAAGGUCGACCGCCAGGCUCUUCUGGACAGUUAUGCACAGGGCCCACGUAAAGGCGAGGCUGGAAGGAAGCGGAGGGUCGUUAAUGACACAAGCAUCAGCCCCAAUGACACGGACACGAGGUCAGUUCUAGCGAAAAUAUGGGAGGAGCUACUCCAAGUGUCCCACCCCACGCCUGAGCAAGAUUUCUUUCUUUUAGGUGCCUCGUCCAUUCAGGCGGCGGCUCUGAUAGCACUCAUACAACAUCGGCUGGAGCGCCUAAUUACCAUGGAUGAACUACAUACGCAUGCCCGUUUCUCAAGCUUGUGUGAUCUUCUUGACACUGGGCAGGCGCCCGGGGACGAUAGAUACAAGAACGCCCCAGAUUAUACGAGUAUUUGGGCGAACGACGUUGAUAUUGUCAAUGACAUUCCACUCGCUCCGGACUGGGAGUCGGCAGCGGAAGGGCGAGCUUUCCUCACUGGUGCGACUGGAUUUGUGGGAGCGCAUAUCCUCCGCCGACUCAUUGAGAGGUCGGGUGUGAAGCAGGUCGCGUGUAUUGCUCGAGCUAGAGACGGUCAGAGCGCCGCUGCUAGAGUGCAGAAGGCCAUGGAGAAAUACGAUCUGUUUCCCGAGUCAUUGGAGCUCUCCCAGAAAAUUUUGGUUCUGGAGGGAGACAUUAGCGACGAGAAGCUUGGGCUUGGACCAACGCAAUUCAAUUGGCUGGUUGAUUGGGCCAGUGUGAUCUUCCACGUUGCGGCCAAGGUCAACUUCUGCGAGUCGUACCAGGAACACCACCGCGACAACGUCAUAGGGACACGGAACGUUUUGAACGCUGCAGCGCUCGGGCGCCGCAAGGCGUUCCAUUACAUGUCGAGUAUCGAUGUCUUCGGUCCGUCGGGCAUGAUUCUAGGCACGCGAAGCAUCCCCGAAGACAGUCCCCUGAUAAAGCACUUGCCUGCCUUGCGAUACGACCUCGGGUACGGGCAGAGCCAGUGGACCGCCGAGGCGAUGGUGCGCCGUAUGCAGGAAAAGGGCCUCCCGAUCGCCAUCUACCGUCCUGGCUUUAUCAUCGGAGAUAGCGUCACUGGCGCCAGUAACCCUGAUGACUUUAUUACGCGAUGGAUUGUCGGGUGCAUGGAGAUGGGGACCUUCCCGCGAAUAGUUGACAUGCGAUUUGAGUAUUGCACGAUCGACUUUGUCUGCUCCUCGGUGCUCCAAAUUGCUUCGGAGAACAAGAAUCUUGGUCAAGCCUACCACAUUCUGUCCCCCGACCGGACCAAGUCCCUAACCGUUGAGGAUACCAUCAUUCUCCUCCACGAAGCCGGGUAUCCCGUGCGAAUGAUCAAUUACUCCGACUGGGUGGAGCAGGCAGUCAAGUCGGGUACGUCGGAAGGCGCACUCGCGCCGCUGAUGCCCCUCCUACAGGAGCGAGUGCUUGGAGAACUGACGCGCUGGGAGUGUGCUCAGUUUUCGCCAGUAUAUGAAUGCACGAAUACUGUUCGUGCCCUUGCCGGUUGCCCUGAAGCACAGUAUAAACCAUUUACCAUCGAUGUCUUGAGACGCAGCAUGGCAUUCUGGAAGCGGAAAGGAUUCUAUGAUGUGUAG